UGUGUAUGCGUCUCCGAGAAGCGAGGAACGAUGGAGGGGAGUCUAGUUUUGGCGAAACUUUCGACGACUCGGGAAUCUGGUUUUGCGCUGAUGUCACCGAGGUGUUGACUGUGGUAGUAGAGGCUCCGUUCUCGCCCUUCCUUGGAUUUACGUAGGUCCUGUCAUAGUUGGUGUAGUGUGACUCAUUCCGUUUGCAUUUCACGCAGAAAAUUUCAGUGUUUGUAAGUUUGGAAUUAGAAUGAAGUGUGCUAUACGUGGUAUUUUAUCAGUUAUUGGUGUUCUAAGGACACACCAAACAGUUCAAAGUGUUAUAUGAAGGUCAUUAAGUGACUGUCUUAAAUAAAGGUGAAAAUGGGAAGUCUAAGUUCAUGUGAACUUUAGUUUUGCAUCAAAGAUGAGCUACGGCAAAAUCACAGCCACUGAAAAUAGUUGAUUGUUUUUAUUCCUAUUGUUGCCGAGAUGGAUAGUGUGAACUAUGUUGAGUGCAUAUAAAGACAAGGCUGUCUACAAUUCAGGAUCUAUCCCUCAAAAGUGGAGAUGAACGAAGAAACAUUUAAACAGGCCAUCGCCAUUAAAUGUCAUUUGGACCAACAAAUGGAGGCAUAUUUUCACUUAGAAUACAGCGAUAAAUUAUUAUGAUAAGUGCAAGCGUUUAAAAGUGUUGUGAUACGAUCUGCAAAGUGUAAAAGUGUUUAGUGUACCGCGAAUUUUGGUACCCAAAUGCGUCGGUGCCUUUGCCUCAUUCAUUAAGAAUGCAAGUCGAAUAUUAUUUCUAAAUUCGCCAUCCAUUUGCCCAAGUGAAUAAUGCAUGAGGAUUUUCGUUCAUCAGGCAGGGUCUUAUGCAAACGAGAAUACGCGCUCCUUUCCCAUUAUUAGUAUCUGUUAAGUGAUGUUUGACGUUCCAAACGACCAAAGAAAAUGGAGCUGCCUCCUGGGAACGCCGAUGGAAGAAAACGGAAGCAGGAAAAAGGUGCCAUGGAUACUCAAACGGUUGUGGAAGACCUGGAGAACACCAUUAGCAGCUUGGCCUCUUACCUUUCGUCAAAUUCUAGUCGGAUAACAACUCCUUCCAAUGAGUCACCCACUCAGAGUUCUCAGUCACAACAGAUACCAUCACCACUUUGCCAAGCCCCACUUUCGGUAUUUGCCACAGCCCUUGGCAGUGAUGGAGUUCAGUCUCUUAACCUAUCCCACUCAGGAUCCGUAACUUCAAUAGCUCGACAGAUUGUAUCUCCGAAGGAUACUGACUCUCCUAAGGGAGUAUUUAGGCCAAUCUCACCACCAGGCUCUGCCUUCUCUUCUCCUCUUGCUACUCCAUCUGGGGUUUUCAGUCCUUUGCCCGAAGAUGUUCCACCACCAUUGCCAAAAAGGGGACCGCCUGUAAGGAGCUCUCCUAACCCUGAUGUCUUCUCUCUACCUGCUAUGGCCUGUUUACAGUCUGGCUCUCCAUCUGUUUCCAGUAGAAUCUCACCCUAUCACCCUGAAAGAUCAACAGAAUUCCCAGAUGUAAGAGACAGAGCCCAAGUGAGUUCUGUUAUUUCUAAAACUUCCAGUGAUAUUGAACUAUUUAACUUGUAUCGAUCUGAUAAACAUAAUGACCAAAGACAGCCCCUAGGUGAGAUAGAGAGUAAUCUUGGUCUUUUAUCAGAGGAACAAAUCUCUACCAAGGUUAACGACAGUGAAAUAGUUAAACCCUGCAGUGCUUCACCUGAUAAGGGCACAACUGAGAAUGAAAUAAACAUAAAUGAAGAAGAGUGUUCAAUUCCCCAGUCAUCAGAACUUAUUAGAGGUGCUACUUUUAAAGAUACACAGUUAACUCAGUCACCCACUCAAAGUUGUCUCUCACAGAGGACUUCCCAAGUGUUUUCAGGUGAAAAGUCCUCUUCUGAGCUGGAACAUCACUAUUCAGAGAUUGACCUCUAUACUCCUUCAGAUGGGAGAGACGAUGCGACACUGGCGACGGAUUUAGCUAGUACUGCAUCCAACGCAACUCUCUACAGUCCUCCACCGGUUCCUCUUCAUGCUGAAGAUGUCUUGCUAUCUCUCCUCGUGGUGGAUUUCCUGGCACACCACCAAGUGCUUGUUGACAUCGCCAUCAAGUGCCCCAUCGAUGCCAAAAGUCUGUCCACAACGGCCAUCACUGCAGCCCCCACGGAACACACCCUCCAUGUCACAGAUUCCAAAGAUGAGUUGGCCUACCUGGUUUCCACAUACCCAGAUGUCUUCAAGCCUGAACCAUGA